AUGAAUGAUUCUAUAGAAUACAGGGCUAUUGACAUAGCAAUAACACGUGGGGUGUCUCGUAAUUCCCCAUUUGUUCAAUACUGUUGGAAUACAAAGAAGUUUCCUUUGAUUAUCGAAUAUUGUAAGAAGCAAAUCUCAACGACAACCAAUACAGUCGAAAGACAAAAUUAUCUCAUGCUGAUUUUAUACAUGUUUUUUGAAAAACAAGAGUGCAUUACAAAUCAUAUUGAUUCAUUAUAUGAAAUUUUAACAAAAUAUAGCGAUGAAUUUCUUGAUAUCAACUGCUAUUACGUUCUUAAAGAUACAAUACAGAAAAUUAUUGAUUCAGGCGUCAAAUUUGGCGAAGGAAUUGAUUUUACACAAUCAAAAAUCGGCCCAGCGAUUAUAUUAUCGAGCAUUUUACAUUCUAAUACAAGUAGCAGCAUCAUAUUUGAUGAAAUAUUCAAUCAAAUUUCAUCAAAACAAUAUUUAACAAAUGCAGAUUUUAUUGCUCUUUGUUUUGCUAUGCAAGAGAUAAAGUACAUUGAUGUAAAUCAAGAUACAUACAAAUCCUACCUCAAAUUCAUUCAAAAAUGCUCAGAUUUGAUCAAUUUUAAAUUACAUUCAACAAAUCUAAUUGAUUGUUACACAGCAUUAAAGUACAUCACUCACCUUCUUCAAUUUAUUGGUGAAGACGACCUAAUGGAGAUACUAUCUCUCUUUUUAGUCCAAAUUAUUCACUAUGAAAAUGAAGAUGUUACUUCAGUUGGUCUAAUUACGACAAUGAUGAUGGCAUUACCACCAAAGAUCAAAGUAUUCCCAGCGGAUCAGCAAAUAACCGCGUUUUCUAAGUAUAUUUUUACAGAUUUAAAUUCAAUCAUCAUUGACAAGCAAAUAAAAGAGUUUAUCAACAAAAGGACAGAUUGUGUAUCAACAUUAAUUGGUUCUUCGAAGGCCAUGGACCCUAAAAAGCGUUGUUUGUUCAUUUGUGCCAAUACUUUACUUUGUGAUUCAUUACCUUUUGUAAAAUAUUGUUUUGAAACAGUUUUGACGAACAAAAAAGGUCCAAAACAGUCAGAAAGUCAAAAUAUCUUCAAGAAGAGACUUGAAGACGAAACAAGCCACAUCAUACAACAUAUGACACCGUUUUUUGAUUUAAACAAAGAUGAAAAUUGUUUCAGUUUUGUUUUGAGUUGUUUCUUCGAAUUAAUUACAGAACAGAAAGAGUAUUAUCCGAAGAUGUUUGAAUCAUUGAAUAGUGUUAUCUCUCAUCUAUCUAAGUUCCCUUAUUUGGUGCUAGAAAAGUACAUAACGAAGUCGAAUUUGAUCAAAGAAAAAGAAACUCAUAUCGAAUUUUGGAAAUUUUUUGAUAAAAAUUUUGACAAAAUUUCCAAUGACAAAAAAGAAAAACCAGCACUUAUAACUAAUAACUACUUGUUCUUGUUCUUAAUGAAUUGCUUGAAAUACUGCAAUUUCGUUUCUGAUGAAGUGAAACAAUAUAUUUUGAGAACUUUACAAAUAGUUUACGAAUUUGAUUUUGUCAACACAAAUUUGACAUGUAAAGAUAUUUUGAUGUUAACUCGAUCACACACGAACAUUUUAGAGGAAUAUCUAGAGAACGAGAUCAAAAAAGAUGAGUUUUCUGGCUACCAACCAAUAGCAUCAUGUUUCGUUGAUUCUGCAGCGACAAGUAUCAAAGACAACAAAUUGUUCAAAGCUGCUUUCAACUCAGUUCAAUCUUUGUCUCCUGAAAAUGGUGGAAAAAUAUUUUUGAACUUUUUCUUGUCACUUUUUUAUCAAAAUUCGAAACUUUGUUCAAAAAUUAUUUAUGAUUAUAGCAAAGACUUGAUUGAUAGAUCAUUCUUCUUCAAGAAGCCAGAACAAGAGAUAUUAUUACUUGAAGUUAUUGGCAGCAUUAUAAAUCAAGUUGAAGACAUUGAUGAAGAUGAAUUUUCUUUGAUACAAAAAGGAUUUUCUUAUUUGAUUUAUCAUGGUGAUUUAUACGAAAACAUGUCAAACAACCUCAAGUCCUGCUAUGGUUUCUUGACAACACAGCACAUGAUAGAUAUGAAAUUAUCAGAAGCUUGUUCGAAAUCAAUUCAUUUAAGUCAAUAUUAUGAUUUGAUUUUGAAAACUUGCCAAAAAACUGACAAAAUUUUGCCAGAUUUAAUCAAGUCGUAUUUAGAAUUUAUUCGUGACGAUGAAGAUGCAGAUGUAGAGCGCUUUGUUACUUAUAUUCAUCAGUAUACAAAUGAUUAUAGUUUAGUUGGAAAUCUCAUUUUGGAAAAUCUUGGAAAAUAUAAUCCAAAAUGUACUUUAAUUUGUUUAACAAAGCUGAUUCAAUUGUAUGAAUUAACUGAUGUUGCAAAAUUACAUGAUACUUUCAUUAAUGUUUUCUUUGUUGUCGUUGAUUUGUUAUCAAAUCAUCAAAAAGACAAAAAAGUUGCCAUCAGUUUCAUUGACACUUUUUGUCAAAGGGAAGUUCCCUUCAACGAAAAUAUCACUGUUUACAUUCGUGACAGUAUAUUAGACACAGACAUUGUUAAGCUCAUGGAUCAGAUUACUAAACGUAAUUUGACAAUGAAUGAAGCUAUUGUUUACAAAUCAAUUUUGGCGAAAGAAAGAAAAAUAGUUUUGCCACAAGAUUUUUAUUCUGCUAUUUUUAGAAUUGAACAGAUUUCAAACAGAAACAUAGAAGUUAAAUUUGUCAAAGCAGUUGUCAACUUCUUCUGUAACAACUACGACAAUUGUUUCAGAGGUUCUUUGCCAAUGAAAGACUACUUCGAAUACAUUGCAACAAUUUACGCAAAUGCUUUUAUGAUAAAUCAUGAUUUCUUCCAUCAUUUGGCAGAAUUUAUCAGCAAAAAUUAUGUUUCAAAGGAUGAAACAUUCUUCAAGAGUAUUCUUGAAUUCACAAAAAUUGUUGAUCAACUUCCAUGUGGCCACAAUCUUAUUUACAAGGAUAUCUAUUAUAUCAGCAUCGCAAUGAGUUCGAAUUGUGAUUUAGCAUAUGAUUCUUGUUUAAUUGAUAAUUUCAUUGAAUUUUCCGAUAUCAUGAGAAAUGAUUUGAAAGAGCCAAUGUUCUUUAUUAUAUUGAGAAACGAGUUAUCAUUAUUACAGAAGAAUCUUUCCAAACCGAACCAGAAGAUCUUUGAUUUAUUAGUUGAUUCUUUGAAUGAUAACUUAUUCACUGAUAAAAGAGAAAUUAUUGAUAUUUUGUGGCAAUUCGAUUUAGAUUUUCUCAGUGAAAAUUGCAAGAAAUACAUGCACAAUGAUAUGUCAAAAGAUUUCUACAAAGAAUCAACAAACUCAAUCAAACUUAAAUACAUUAAGUUAUGCAAUGAUUUCGGAGUUAAAAAGGAAAUGAGUAAAUUAAUUGUUUCUUCUUUCAAAGACGAAGGUUGGCACUGCAUGAAACAUAGAUGCAUCGAUUUGAAUGAAAAAGAUUUCUUGCCAAUCGACGAAGCUUUGCUAGAAAGUGCAGCAGAUAAUGAAGAAGCUUUUACUUGCUUGAAACAUGAAUUGGAUUGCAACGAAAUUGAUGAAAUCGUUGAUAAAAUACUCAAAAAUAAUUUGUUAUUUGGAUCGAAACAGCAAAUUUUCAUGAAAUUGGUCGAUUUGAAAGCUCCAAAAUGGAUUCUGGCUUUCGCUAAAAACCAAGAAUUUAUUAGCGUAGAAAAGUCUGAAGAGUUCAUUUUCGAUGCUGCAAAACAACUAUCCCAAGAUCCUUCAUUUUCGGAUUUAAUAAUCCAAAUGAUAUCAGACUAA